AUCAGCGGUCCAUGCAUGUUGUCAUGAUCCAAUAUUAAUUUAUCACUACGAUCUUUCGAGAUUUUCUCUUUUCUAUAGUCACUACUAAUUACAUGGAUUAAUAACAUCUCUCGUUAGAGUCAUUGUUGCUCUUUUUAUACCCUAAACUCACAGACUUCGUUUCGCAUCCUAUCCUUACGAGUUUUCCUCGCCUUCGUUGAUCCUAACUAGUAAAUCCAAGCCUUAGACACUAGUGGGUAAUCUUUGUGAAGCCGAGUGACACCAGGGGGGCCAUGGACAUCAAGUACCCUAAGGGCUUCGUCAAGAAGGUGAGGCAGGCGAUCGUGGCAUUGGCGGUGGAAGGGGUGAAGUACAAGGAGUGUAGUAGGAACCACGCGCUGGCUACCAGUGGGCAAGUCGUGGACGGCUGCGGGGAGUGGAUGCCGUUGGGGGACCUGAACCCCACCGAUGCAUCGUCAUACAACCGCCCGCUGGGGGCACUGCAGAUCCAGAGGCUCCCCGCCCAGCUCUUGCCGGCGACGGCGCCACCGCCCCAUGUGGUUAUGUCGGCGAGGAAGUGGUCCUACACCAUGUUCACUACCUACCAGAAGAUGCGGAUGCAGGAGCUGUCGAAGCACCUAGGGUGGCGCCUGCAGAAGCGCGAUAAGGACAUCAUCAAAGCGAGGUGCCAUGACAUUGGCAUCAGUAAGGACGUCUUUAGGAACUGGAGGCACAACAAUAAGCGCAACUAA